CCCUUGGGCCUUGGCUUCAGAAGAGAAUGAGGAGGGAGAGAUAAGACCGUGUCUGGCUCUUCUCUCCAAGUGUCUGCCGAAGUUAAGAGUUUAGGAAAAAUGGCACUCAUUCACCGUUGUCUUUUUCGUCCUCCCGACAUUUUCUUCUCUUCCAAGCACCUGCUUGGUUCCUCCCCCUCUGCCUCUCCCACCAGAUUAGGCCGUGUUUGGGCUCGCUUUCUCUCUCAUACCACUCCACCAGCGAAUGUGGAGAAAAUAGGAGUGAAAACUGAUGAUUUGGCUAAAGUGAGAGUGGUAAAGGAGAAAAUGGAGGUUCUUGGUAUCAAAUGCGGCGAUUUUGUUACGCCUGGACGGUACCAUCAAUUGUUUUGCCCCAAGUGCAAAGGUGGACAGUCAAUGGUGAGGAGUUUAUCCCUUCAUAUCAUCCAAGAUGGGAGUUUGGCGAUGUGGAGGUGUUUUCACACUGAAUGUGGAUGGGCAGGCCAGUCUUUUGCAGACAGCAUGGCAGCAUAUAAUGGAGUCACCAAAAAAGUAAAGUCCGUUGAACAAAUGUCAGAGGAAAGUCUAGGUUUAGAACCAUUAGGUGCCAAGCUGAUUGCAUAUUUUGGUGAGCGGAUGAUAUCAGAAGAAACAUUGCGAAGAAAUGCUGUUAUGCAAAUGUCUAAUGAUAAGAAUGUCAUUGCUUUUACUUACAGACGAAAUGGACAGCUUGUUGGUUGCAAGUACCGAACUAUAGGAAAGAGGUUUUGGCAGGAGAAGGGUACAGAAAAGAUAUUAUACGGUCUUGAUGAUAUAAAUGAUGUGUCUGAAACCAUUAUUGUCGAAGGUGAAAUGGAUAAGCUUUCACUGGAGGAAGCUGGCUUCCGCAAUUGUGUGAGUGUUCCUGGUGGUGCCCCGGGAAAGGUUUCCACUAAAGAAUUACCAUCCUUUGAAAAGGACACUGCAUAUCAGUUUCUAUGGAACUGCAAAGAAAGCCUUAAUAAGGUUUCUCGCAUUAUCCUGGCAACAGACAGUGACACAUCAGGGCAAGCUUUGGCUGAAGAGCUAGCACGCCGCCUUGGAAAAGACAGAUGUUGGCAAGUACAUUGGCCGAAAAAAGAUGAGUCCAGUUGUUUUAAAGAUGCUAAUGAGGUUCUCAUGUGUAUGGGACCAGCUGCUCUGAAGAAGGUAAUUGAAGAUGCAGAGUUAUAUCAUCCACAAUUGCGAACUAUGUAAUAUCUAGUACGUAUUUCAAAGUAUAAACAAAUGGAAUACAGGCUUCUUCACUGUGUAAAUUGUAUGAUAAGGCUGUAAAGUUAUAUUAUUUGCAACUUUUGGAAGCAAAUGUGGAAUGUUUUCAUGACAGCUGAAUAUGGGCUUCAUUUGUGUUUGACAUGAUGAAGAACAGUGUAAAAGAGGGUAAAAGCUAUCUAUUUAGCUAAUCAGCAGAGGAACUUAGUUUUUGUGCA